UCUUGUAAUCUUCUUUGACGAUGGUUUUUGGAAGUUUAUAUUUAGUGUUUAAUGGUGGUGAAUUUCAUUGAAUAAUCAUGAUCAAUUGUGACAUCGAAUAUAGUUAUAUUUAAAUUGCAACAAGGUCCAUAUAGAUUUUAACAUGGAUUUAAUUGAGGGCAUAUCAAACGGAGUUUUACUUUCCUUUAUUGUAACAAUUACUUUGCUUACAAUUUCUGUCUUUUAUAUUUUGCGGAAUUCACCUUCGUCAAUUGUUGGCGUGGGUUCCUCACUGGACUCACGGGGAUCGAGGGAGCACGUAGUUUCGGAAACACCACGAGAUAACGUCAACACGGCCGAAAACGAUGUCAGAAGACGAUUUUCUUCUCAUCAUGAAACGAUUGGCCAACGUGUGGAAACAAAUGACGAAACAAAUAGUGAUGAAAUUGAAACAAUGGUUAUUAAAGUCAAACAUAACGAGAAUGUACAAACUUUUACAGUUUCUAAGAACAUAACUGUUCUGGACUUAAAGAGGUUAGCCUUCAAUGAUGAGUUGAACUUAGGACGCAGAAUAAGAUUUGUGUAUGCGGGACAAUUGCUGAGGAACGAUAACGAUCCAAUAACAAGCUAUGGAGUUCAGCCCAACACGGUGGUGCAUUGUGUCAUAACAGACCCGAUUGAUCAUGCAACACCUGCAAACCCUGGCAUCAUCAGUGAAGACUUAGAUAUAAGUAGAUAUUUAAUACCAUUGCUGACUGUUGGGCUCAUAUGCUCAUGGUAUGGUCUCAUUUCAUACAAACACAUUUUUACUGGUACAUCAAUUGGUAUCUUAAUGUUCUUAACUACUCUUUAUGUAAUUCUAGUGUAUGUUACUACGCUUUAAAUGUUUAGAUCAUGCAUGAAAACUUCAGAAACAGCAACUUUUGUACAACGAGAAUCCACUAUCUGUGUUUCUCAGCUUAGUAGGAGAGAGUGACGCACAGUUUUGAAAGAUGCCAGUCUGUUCUGUACAGGCAGACUCUGCAGAGGCGUUUUUGAUUUUGACAAUAUCAUAUAUGAUGAGAUUGAUAACUUGCUAUAUGUGAAAAUACCUAAAGCAUGAUUGAAAUUAACAAAAAAAAUGUACUUUAUCGAGAGAAAUCACUUGAAAAUGCCGUCAAAA